UCUCUCUCUUCCACACAAAUCCAACUUUUAAGGCCAAAAGAGGAAAAGGAACACACAGGAGAGAUACAGAGAGCGCAAGAAGAUGUCUGUAGCUACCACAAUUCCUUCCAUCAGGAUCAGAAUCUCUCCUCACCCUUCUCGUAGAGUGGCUUUGAGGCCAUCUGCCAUCGUUAGGUGUUCCGGAGCUGAUGGCCCUUUGAGGAGACCUGCAGCUCCUUCUCUCUCCCCUCCUCCGCCACCACUUUCUCCACCCACUUCCACCUCAGCUCAGUCUCCGAAGCCAGUGGAGCUGGCGGCGGCUGCGGCUGCGGCCACCAAAGAGAUGGUGGUGACUUUGGAGUAUCAGAGGAAGGUGGCAAAGGAGCUGCAGGACUACUUCAAGCAGAAGAAGCUUGAGGAGGCAAACCAAGGCCCCUUCUUUGGUUUCUUGGGCAAGAAUGAGAUCAGCAAUGGCAGAUGGGCUAUGUUUGGAUUUGCCGUAGGGCUGCUAACAGAGUAUGCAACGGGCGCAAGUUUCGUUCAACAGCUGAAGAUCCUUCUAUCCAAUUUUGGAAUUGUGGACUUGGAAUGACACAUCAUGAUCCAGUUCUGUGUAAGUUGAAUAAGUCCAGCAUUCUUCUUCAUUUGGGCGAAUGCGAUAAAUCUGUAUUUUCUUUCACUCUCACAUACUGCAUGUUCCUUCUCUCGAAGAAGUAUAAGCAUGUAAAAGGUUUUAGGUUUUGUUGAUUUGUAUGGAAGAACUAUUUCGUUUGGUUUUCCAUCAAUGCUUAGUACUUACAGUGGACAAUGGCUACUUCUGCA